AUGUCGCCUCGAGACAGUACCGUUGGCGCUUCGUCUCGCCGACGCCCAUCUUUUUCACUGCGUCAACGCACAAAAUCCAGCGCACAGACGGUUGCCCUACCACAGGACUUUAUAUUUGAGAAGUUGCGGAAAGCCUCCCUGGCGGAGACGAGCGAUGACUCUGACUCCUCGGCAUUUGAAGAGAUGGAGGCAUUUCCAGACGCCGUGCCCCGGCGUCGAGCAGCGAAGAGCUUCUCUAGUCUGCGUCACCCGAUGGAUGGACUCGUCGCGCUGGGCCGCCGUCUGUCGGUGACCCUGCGCGGGAAGUCCUCAAAGCACAACUUGAACCCCUCGGCAGACGAGCUCCAGACCGAAGACUGUCAUUACUAUCACACCUCGGUCCAGCCUGGACACAAGCGCAACACCUUGUCUGGGAGCUGGGGUACUCGUUCCCGGGCCUGGUCGCACGGCCCAAACUCUGGCAGUAUCAAUCGUCGUCCUUCCCUUAAUAGUGUGUCCGCUUUGCACGGAUUCUACGUCCCCACGGCGCCCAUCCUGGUUCCGAUUCCUGGACACGGCUUGGAGCCACCGGUGCUUCCGAAUGACCGUUUCGCAGGCGCUGCGGCCCGAGCUGCCGCCGCUGCACAAAAUGAGCAGAUGGAAUUGGCCCGCUUGGAAAUGGCCAAGCUCGAGCACGAUUUGCUCAAGAAGACCGAGGCUCGAGUGCCCCAGGAUUCAGAAAGUGGCAUCGAGAUUAAUUUGCAUGAUUCGUCCGAGGUCUUGUCGACGGAUCUGAACGUCGUCCGCAUCGAUCCCGUGUCUUAUCUUCCCGCAGAGGUCAUGUCACAUGUGCUCUCGUACCUUGAUCCAGCCUCACUGAUGGAAGCGGAGUCCGUGUCAAGCGCAUGGCAUCGGCAGGCGUCUUCCCCGCAUGUCUGGAAGUAUGCUUUCCGUGGUUGCUUCCCUCGCCGUCCUGCGAGUGCGACGGCCUCAAAGAAAAAGCAAUCCUAUGGUGUGGGCAACGCUGCUCCCUAUCAAGACUGGAAGCGGAUGUACUUUGUUCGACGUGCGCUUGAGCAGCGUUGGAAAGACGGAAAGGCGGCCGCCAUUUAUCUUCAUGGCCACCAAGACAGCGUUUACUGCGCCCAAUUCGAUGAGGACAAGAUCAUAACGGGGUCUCGCGACCGAACUAUUCGCGUCUGGGAUGCCCACUACCCAUGGUCUUGCCGCAAGAUCAUUGGCCCGCCCCCCAGCGAUACGGCACCGACGGGUCCCGUCAACAAUCCAGCCCAGCAAGCGACAGGCAAGUCACCUUUUGCAAUUAUCUGCCCACCGCCCACGCCGGUGGCGGACAUUGCCACGACCACUGACGGCGCGGUCGACUAUCACACGGCUUCGAUCCUCUGCCUGCGAUACGACGAGGAAAUCAUGGUGACUGGCUCGUCGGAUUAUACUUGCAUUGUGUGGGAUGUCAAAAAUGACUUCCGUCCCAUUCGUCGUCUGGAGGCCCACCGUGCAGGUGUCUUGGAUGUCUGUUUUGACGACCGAUACAUCGUCUCAUGCUCCAAGGACUCCACAGUGUGUGUCUGGGAUCGUCAGACGGGCGCGCUUCUGAAGCAAUUGGUGGGCCACGAGGGCCCGGUCAAUGCUGUGCAACUCCGCGGCGAUCUCGUCGUGUCUGCUAGCGGGGAUGGCGUGGCCAAACUCUGGAACGUCGUCAAUGGCCACUGUGUGAAAGAAUUUGUCAGCAAGGACCGAGGUCUUGCCUGUGUUGAAUUCAGUGACGAUGGUCGGACCAUCUUGACCGGCGGUAAUGAUAAGACCAUCUAUCAAUUCGAUGCCAACACGGGGGAGCUGGUUCAGAAAUUACAUGGCCACAGUGAUCUGAUUCGUUCUCUCCACCUUGACAGCAUGAACAAGCGCAUUGUGAGCGGAAGCUACGACAUGAGCGUGAAAGUCUUUGAUGCUGAAUCUGGCGAGCUUUCCAUCGACUUGCCCGGGUGGACGACCAGCUGGAUGUUGAACGUUCAGUCGGAUUAUCGACGUAUUGUGGCCACCAGUCAAGAUGCGCGGGCCGUUAUCAUUGAUUUUGGCUACGGCCUGGAUGGCAUUGAACUCUUGGAGGCAUGA